GGUUGUUGGAGAGGGAGGAAAUGGUAAGGGAGAGGGAAAGAGAAGAGAGGGCCAGCGAGAGGGAGAUGGCACUUGAGGAAGAGAGACAAAGUGAGGAAAGGGCUAGACUGAGAGAGCUGGAGAUGGAGAGGGAAAGGGAGAUAGAGAGGGAACAAGAUAGUGAGAUGGAGAAAGAGAGACAAAGUGAGAGGGAGAGAAAGUCACUCAGUUCAGCUCAGGAUCUCUUUGCCAGUCAAUCCCAACCCCAUGCCUAUUCCCAGCCCCACUCCUACUCCCGUCCCCAAACCCAGAUCGAGGCCCCUCGUUCAGCCUUCCACCCGGUCAACACCGCUCUCCUCCAGGAUAACCAGGCUCUUCACCAGGGGUAUCCACCACAGAGCUACACACCAACAGAGGCGUAUCCUGCUGCGUCUCGACCGUUACCAUGGGAACAGACACAGAUCAACAGGAAGUUCAGCCUGACCGAGAGGGACUACCCCCGGUACAGACGUGAUUCAUCCACCGGGCCACCAAAUUGUGCUAUAACAGUAACACCUGACUACCACCACCACCAGCAAGUCUCCCAAAGUGGGGUUUGUUGGAAUGGCUUGCUGUCUGCCUGUAGUAUGGACGAGGAGGACCAUCACCAGACGUCUAUGGUGGUUAACCCCACAUCAUAUUCAUCUUCAUCACUACUACGAAGCAGGGCCAUGUCCGAGAACGAUCUACACUUUGGCUCUACCUACCGCCGUAUUUCACCCUCGGUUGCUAUGGCGACACCACUGUCUGAGCUGGAGGAGGGAGGCGGGAUCGAAGGGGGAAGAGUGGGAGGAAUUAGGGGAGCGGCUAACAAAAAUAAGACUCUACCCCCUCCGAGGCCACCUCCCCCCAAAUGGGAGCAGUUCCACCGCAGGAGAGCCUCCCACCACACCCUCAUCGCCUCUCCUCUCUUCUCCACUUCUGUUUCUUCAUCCGUCCAUCCAUUGGUAAACCCCACCCCCCCUCCUCUCCCUCUCAUACCACCAGAGGGUUCCACCUCUCACCCUUCAUCUCACCCCUGUCACCCCGAAAAGAGUGAAAUGACGCGUCAGCGCUCCUACAGCCUCCCGCCCCAGAGGGAGGAGCUAGAAGGGUGCCAGCGCUGCAUCAGAAGCCAAGUCCAGGAAUGGCGCUUUUCCCAGGCUCCGCCUAGUCCAGGGUUCACACACACGGCCUUCCGGCCGGUGGCCCCGCCCCAAAGAGAUAAAGACACUCCCCCUCGCUACAACGACACACUGCCGCCAUCAGAAAGCUGUGUCAGGUUGUACAACAUGGUUGACCAAGAUUGUCCUGCUGUAUUGAAGCCUAUCUCUCAUAGACAGCAGAGGGCCAGGGCUGAGUGGGACAGAACUCCGUCUCCCAGAGUGCAUAGCGUCUCAGGUCAACUCACCAUAGAGAAUGGCGUUAUCUCACCAGAGUCCUACUUCGCUAUGAGCUAUGAACAACAACAACAACAGUUACAGCAGAAUAGAAGAUUGCGGAAUCACCCCCACAACAAUAACAACAAGCCGGAAUUGGAACAAGAAUUAUUGGAACUGGAACCGGAAUCCGAUUUUGGCCCAAGCCCCGCCCAGAGCUUGGAACAGGAGGUGGACAUCCCCAUGGAAACGGACAUUGACGACUCCCAGGAGGAGGGGCUUCCAGAGGAUGAAGAGCCAAUCAGGACAGAGCUACAAUGUUUCGCCCUGCCCGUCACGGUGCUGGAGACCGACAUCGACACGAUCCCUGAUCAGGAGGCCUUGCCAGCGGGUAGGAUGACAGUGGAGAAUGGGUCUCUGGAUGGAGAAAUGGAGGACCAGGGGAUGAGGACCAGAGAGGAACUCAUGGAGGAGCUGUUUCCCCAGAGCAUUGAGGGCGAGGCAGGCACAGAGAGCUGGAGAAGGGCCUACCGUAGCCCCAACCUGGAGCACAAUACAGACAGCCUGGAUAGGCGUUCUGGUGCCAGCUCCAGUUGUUCGUCCUACUACUCUACCUCAGCAGCCAAAGCUCAGCUCCUCACUCAGAUGAAGGACUACUGCUCAGACACUAGAGACACUGAUGAUGAUGAUGAGGAACUGUCUUACAAGAGACAGUUGAUGGAGAGUCUACGUAAGAAGCUGGGAAUUCUGAGAGAGGCACAGAGAGGUCUACAGGAGGAUAUACGGGCUAACGCACAGCUGGGAGAGGAGGUUGAGAGCCUGGUGCUAGCGUUCUGUAAGCCCAAUGAGGUGGAUAAGUUCAGGAUGUUUAUCGGGGAUAUGGAUAAGGUGGUCAGUCUGCUUCUGUCUCUCUCCGGACGGCUACUUAGGGUUGAGAGCUCACUGGACAACCUGGAGGCCGAGACUGGACACUAUGAGAGGCUCCCCCUCCUGGAGAAGAAGCGUCAGCUCCUGGUGCAGCUGUCAGAGGCCCAGGACCUCAAAGAACAUGUGGACCGACGGGAGCAGGUUGUGGGAAGGGUGCUAAGGCGAUGCCUCUCCCCAGAACAGCACCGUGACUACAGUCAUUACGUCAAGAUGAAGGCAGCAUUGCUGGUGGAACAGAGGCAGCUGGAGGACAAGAUCAGGCUGGGAGAAGAGCAGCUAAGAGGGCUACGGGAGAGUCUCGGGAUGGGAUUAGGGAUGUCCAUGGGAUAUGGGCACUACUGAACCCCAACCAAGAGACCUGAAAGCUGGGCAGAUGGAUGGGGUAUCGACACUAUUGAGAGAAAGUGAACAAGGACAGUUAGAGCAGUUAAGAACCUUAAUGGAGAGUCUGUGUUGGGGAUGUCCAUGUUGAUGGGGGUAUGGACACUAUUGAGAGAACUAACUCUAACUUAAAGGUGAAUUUUGCUUUUUUUAAAACAACUCUCUAUUCCAGACACUUUUUUUUGCCAUUUCACUUGUUUUUGAGAAACUUACCCCAACCAGUGAUUCACUUCCUCAUUGUUGUUGUGCAGUAAGGGGGCUCUGAAAAAACGGGGGGCUCUGAACAAACAUGAACAAAUGUUCCAAAAACACCCAAAUAAGUCCUUUUAGAAAUGGAAACACUCUGAGUAUAGUGAUGCAGGUCUUUAGAUGUUGUACAUGUGAAAUUGUGUCAUUCUGAACUUUAUCCACAACGUUAUAUUCCAUUUUGUGUGGAAAUUAAUUUCUGGUUGGGCAAAGUUUCUCACAAUCGCAAAAAAAAGUGUAUUGACCCUUCUAUGACAUGCCAUUUACAUCCAAAUAAUAUUUGAUUGUAAAAAAGGAAAUUUCUCCUUUAAGGAAACUUUAGAGACGAGUUGAUGGUGUUAGGGAUGGGCUGGGGGAUGUAUGUGGGAUUCAUUCAUUAUUGAGUGAAAACCACCCUACCCAGGGAGACCCUAGAGUGGGGUACGUUAGGAUGGGGGGUGGGGUAUGGACACUAUUGAGAGAGAACCAACCCAACCUAAGGAGAGCCUGGAGAGCUAUGGUAGAGUUUAGGGUUAGGGGUAGAGCUGAGGGAUGUCCAUGAAGUAUGGGAACUGUAGGGAGACAGCCAACCCACACAUGGAGGCCCUAGAGUUGGGUAAAUAGGGACGGGGUUAGAGUUGGGGAUGGGGUAUGGGCACUACUUCCUAAAACACUCCAGUACUUUUCCUGACACCAACAUCUACACUGUGUUAAACAGAGGUGGCCAUUAAAACCACACAAGACAAUUCAUUAAGGCUGCACUUGGCAGUAUUUGUCCAUUAAGAAAUACACACCUACUCUUUGGUGUUAGACACACUGGUACACCCAAGAGUAACAACUAUCUUUCACUUACCAACUGUAACCUCACAAUCGCAUACUCCAUGCACUACAAAACGAGGCCAAAGAAUAAGUUGUUGUUUAGUGUGUGUGUUACUGAACAAGACUGGGGAAAGUAUUUAUUUAUUUAUAACUCUGUUGAGCAAUACUGACAGGGAGAAUUUGGGGUGCUAGACGAGAGUAUUUUCAUGAAACUGUUGGGGAGUGCAUUGAAUACAUAGAAAUGGAUAGAAGGUGCAUGUGCCAUAAAGCUGCCCAUGCUAUCACAUAAAACAUUAUUGCGAAGAAAAGCCCUCUAUCCAAAUCUAUGAUUGCAUAUAAUCCUAUUACAGUAAUAUGUCCAGAAAUGGAGAGAGACAGCUGCUUCUCUCCACUCUCAUAAAACACUAUACUAGCCUGAGUGCCAGUCUGUUUGUGCUAUCAUGCAAACUCCUUAACGCUUAUUGUCAUGCCAAAGCUUGACAAUGACAGCGAUGGAGUUUGCCAAGAGCGCAAACGGAUUUGGGGCCUGGAAAACCCUAUACUCCAUAACUGCAUCACAUCACUGCAUUGACACCUCCUUAACACUACACUACCACACUAUCACACCACGCCUUAGAUUGUGUAUAUUGGUGUAGGGUGAAGUUUCCCCUAGACACUGAUCCUGGGUCAGUUUUGCAUUUCCCCCACUGGUUAAGGUUAAAAUAGGGGGAGGGGAAGCUGAUCCUAGGAAAUUUCACCCCGGAGCCCUAAAAUUACCACACCAUGUCUUACAGUGUGUCUAUGCAUUCAUUAUUAUUGUGUAUAUUAAAUGUUGUGUAUAGAAGUGAUAUUCAUGUGUUAUAACUGGAAUCCAUCAUUGUAGUGUAAAUAUGUCAUGAGAAGUUAUGUCAUUUUAAUAUAUACGUCAUAUGGCAUAUAAUCGUCAUAUGGCAAAGUUCAUCCUAAUACAAUACGUGCCAAUAAAAUAAAAUAAACUUUGUUUUUAUUACAUUUUGGGGGAUUUUUUGGGGGCACGAAUUGUAUUAGGAUGAACUUUGCCAUAUGACGUAUAUAUGCCAUAUGACGUGUAUAUAUAUAUAAAUGACAACUUCUCAUUUAUAUAUAUAUAUUAUUGGCUGUUUGACCAAAAACAUGCAUGCAGACCAUAUAUUUUUAUUUUUGCAAGACAGCUAUGUCUUACUAUACUUGUGAGGACUUUUUGGGGACCAACGAUUCCCAUUCAAAAUCCUAUUUUCCUUAAACCUAACCUUAACCCCUAAUCCUAACCCCUAAUCCUAAAAUAGCCUUUUUACAAAUGAGGACUGGCAAAAGAUCCUCACUUCCUUGAAUUCUAGUUGGUUUACUAUUCUUGUGAGGACUUCUGGUACUCACAAGUAUAGCAAAACGUGUGCACACACACUCGCACAGAUACACACACAAGUGCCUUCGGAAA